AUGGCUGCACUGCUGCCAUGGCUGCUGCUCUCGCUGAUAGCGGUCACCUGUGCCGCCUACAGUUCCUCGCUGGACGACUCCACGAGCAGCUCUAAUGCGAACUCAAUUGGCGGCAGCAAAUGCGAUAAGAAUCCGCUGGGCGAACUCACCUUUCAGCUAAGCGGCAGCAAUCUUCACUGGCCCUGUGAUUCUACAAAGAACAUUUAUGUGCAAUCCGGUCGCUAUGUGCCCAGAAAUGUGAUCGUGACACGUGCGCAACUGCAGCGGGAUUCGGCAUUUGUGGCGCUGCCACGUUACAAGCAAGGUGUGCCCUUCACCCUGGGCAAGGUGAAUCUGAAGAAGGGCGAGUGUUUGGCCAAAAUAGCGCCAUAUCCCUGCUGGGCCAUACAGGAGGAGGGCAACUGCCAAGCGCUGCAAUCCGUUGUCGAUGUGGCUGUCGAUCAGAAUGGUUUGCUGUGGGCCUUGGAUGUGGGCAUUGUCAAUACGCUGGAGCAGCCCAUACGCCGUUGCAGCCCCAAAAUUGUGGCCAUUAAUACGGCCAACAACAAGGUGGUGAAAAGCAUCGAUCUUAGCGAUUUGGUGACCUCCGAAAGUCGUUUGCAGUUCAUUGUCGUUGAUUACUCCAAGGAUAACAAGCCUUUCGUCUAUGUAGCAGAUGCAGGAGCCCGUAGCAUUCUUGUCUACGAUAUUACGGGUAACAAAUCGUAUCGCAUUGUACUGCCCCGCGCCACGGCACCGAGCAAUGAUGUGCUCUAUGUGGCCCUGACUGCCAAGCCAGAUGGCACCUCGACGUUAUUCUUCAGCUAUCUGAGCUCGUCGCGUCUGUACUCGAUAAAGGGCGAGUAUUUGCGUGUGGGUCAGGGCGCCGGCUCCAUCAUAGAUGUGGGACCCAAGCCUUACGGCAAGCAGGCGGUGCUGCUGGGCGCUGAUGGUGGCACCUCGCUCUUCUUCCGCUACAAGGGCGAGAAUGACAUUUAUCUGUGGGACUCGGAGACCUGCUUUAAGGCCUCCAAUUUACAGGAAGUGCAACGCGGCGGCGAUUGUCGCCUAUCCACGCAGGUGCUGCCGGGACACAAGCGCUUCAUGUGGGCGCUCGAGAGUAAUUUCCAUGAUUUCAUAUCGGAUCGCACUGGCUGCAAUGGCGCCUCCAUUGUGCUGCAUCCAGUUGUGCGCGAAUGCGAUGAUUGAGUCCCCAGAGUUUCUUUCGCUCU